GCUGCUCCUCCUGGGAGACACGCAAGACACACACUGUACUCCUGACAACAACAGCCUCUCAAAUAAUUACUGGAAAUAUCGUUUUAAUCAGCGCCACAUAAAGAGACAUUUCUAACAUUGUACAAUGACUGCGAAUCAUGUGCGAAAGCGUCGAAAAGGAGGGUCAACGGAAAGUUAACGAUGAUUUGAUAAUUAACGACAGCUUCCAUCCCUUGGAAGAUGCAGCUCCAAACUGGAGUUGUUAUAAACUGAUUAUUGAUCCGGGUUUGACCAGCGGAAGUCAGAAAGUGUACCGAUAUGAUGGACAGCACUUCAGCGAACCCCAUCCUGAAUGUUUUCCGGUGGAUGUUGUACGAGAUCCAAGAAUUACUCGUUUUUGGGCAAAAUUUAAAAACGCAGAUCUUCCAGUCCCCAAACUCAAGGUUGAUGAGUAUUAUGUCGGAGCACCUAAGGAGUUGACAUUUGCAAGACUUAAUGACAACAUCAGAGAUGGAUUCCUAUCUGAAAUGUGUAAAUGCUUUGGAGAGAUUCAAGAUUUGAAAGUUUUUUAUAAUCCAAAGAACAAGAAACAUUUAGGACUAGCAAAGGUUGUUUUUGAAUCUGUAAAAGCAGCAAAUAAUGCAGUAAAAAAUCUCCACAAAACUUCUGUGAUGGGAAACAACAUUCAUGUGGAGCUUGACCCUAAAGGCUUGAAGAGGCAUCGAUACUUCCAGAUGAUUGUUAAUGGUUUAUAUACACCUUUUACUCUCCCUGUUGAAGAAGAGGCCUGGGGGCCGCAGUCACCAUCUUCCAUCACAGACUCCUUAAUUGAGUGUGAAUCACUAAAGAAGCUCACAUAUACAUUGUCCUCCUCAUCCUCAAUAUGUAAUGGCUCCCCUUCUUUGGAUUGUUCUACUCCUUUAUCUAUGGAUACCGCCUACUCCAGCAUGCAUCAGGACACUCCCAGUAGCUUCUGGCAAACACCUCAAUACCAAGACACUCCUCGCACCCCUUCUGUGACCCACAGUAGACCAGGCACACCAUCUCAGUGUGAGAGGACUCCAAAUGAAUCUACACUGAUAAACACUGGCCCCAUUGUCCCUUUUAUUCAACAAUCCACCCUGAACAUCUCACAUUUUCAGCCUGGUCAACCAGCUAUAAAUAAACCUAGCACUAUUCAACAUGCUGUGCAAAACUUUUGGAUGCUAAGUGGGACUCCCUCUCAUAACGGCAUCUUCUCAAAUAGGCAGAGAACCCCAGGUGGCAAUUCUCAUCCUAGUAAUCAUGUACGGGGAGGACAUCGAGUCAGACCUCUCGAAAGCAAGUACCAAAAUGCAUACAACCGGAGGCCACAACACCGCCACUAUAUACACAGACCUGUGUAUCGGAGAGGUCACUACCACCGUGCACUUGCUACAAAUCAAGUCACUUUGAACAGAUUUCAGGAAACUCCAACCACACCUUUAUAUUCAGAUAAGCUCACAGGCCGAAAUUUUACCGACUCAAUCAAGGGCCUCUGUGUUAAUCACAUAUCUGUUGUUGAAGAUCCACUAUCUCUUCCUUACUCAGAGAAACUGCCUGAGAAGACUAAUAAUCACAUUCAUCCUGAUAUAGAGAAAAAUGUGUAUGCUUCGGAAAAUACUUUAACUCAAACUGCUUCACCGGUACCUAGCAAGACAACUUACGAUGUGAACCAAAAUCAUUAUCCAUCACAAGCCCAGUCUUCUCACUCAUAUGUCCCAAAACUGUGCUCUUCUCCUGAAACAACUGAAGAUAUUUCAGAGCCCACAGUUGAGUGUCCUUCUCCUGAAUUUCCUGCUCCAGAGUCAAAACCUGACAGUCUGGACACUCGCAUCCAGAUGCUUUUAAGUGCUGGUAGUCCAGUUCUGCCUCUUCUGAACCAAGACAGUUCAGACUCAGAGUCUACUGAAGAGAAUGAUCAUCAUCAGCGCUCGUCCAGAGCCCCCAGCCCCACUCAGUCACUGACCACUGGUGUUUCUUUAAAUUAUGAUGAUAUAUCCUCUGUUGUUAGAGAUACUAGUUCCUAUCCCAGAGAAAAUUUAUCUGGAAUGGAGGAUGUGAAUCCCACUGCAUUGUAUGAUGUGGCAGAAGACAAACAUGAACUUCCGUCACCAAAGAAGCCCUUAUCCAAGAUGCCCUCCAGCACCAUUGUCAAUCCAAAUGAAGAUCAAGAUACUUCAGACCAGCCGUCUAGUAUACCAGUGAUCUGCACCAACAGGAGCACUUCAACACCUCCUAUGUCUGAAAUACCCCCACCUCCAAUGCCAUCUGUUCACUACCCCUUUUUACCUGGGUACUCUCUGCCUACAUCUUCUUGCUCAUUGUAUCCUCCUUCAAUCAUCAAGCAAGUCUGCAGGCGAUCAAACUGGCCGACUAGUUUGGCGCCUCUUCCUAUUCCAACUAGAAUAACACAAGGGCAAACCUCAUUGUCACCCUCUUUCCUCCCUCAGUCCUUCAGCUUUAUGACUCAUCGUCCACCUUACCCUUCUCCUGGAUGUUCAUCUACUAUGUUGAGGUACAGGCCACCCUGGCCUCCUCCUCCCCCCAUUCCCAGGUUUGACCCUUCAGUGCCCCCACCAGGGUACGUCCCCAUAAAAGAGUCACCACAUAAGGCCACAGUUGAUGGAGUUCUGGCUGUAGUUGCUUCUGAACUGCGGGCCAUCGUGAAGAAAGACAUACAUCGCAGGAUGAUUGAGAUUAUGGCCUUCAAAGCAUUUGAUCAGUGGUGGGAUGACAAAGAACAGGCAGCCAAGGUAUCUGCCCCAGCUGUUAAAUCGGUGGGAAAUAAAGACAUUAAACUCAGAGUGAUGGAGCAGAGCCUGAGAUUAGGGACUGCUGGGGGUGAAGGCUGUAUACUGGACUCAGGAAAAAUAAAGAGUCUACAUGGUGCCAUUAAAUUGCCAUCGUUUAAGAGGAAGGGUCCAUCAGGUCAGGGCUCCACAGAUGUUAAAAGGAUAUGUCCUUCUCCUGGUCCUGAACACUCUGAAGAUGAAGAGUCAGAGCAGCAAACAGCCCCAGAUUGUGUUGAUGAAACUACAGUCUUAAAUGCCAGUGAAGACACCAUGGUCAAACGAAGGCAUUCCAGGCCUUUAGCCUUAGAUAGUGAAGAGGAGGAUGAUGAAGAGAAUUCAGAGAAGGCGGAGGAUCCAAAACCAGAACAAGUUCAUGCAUGUGAUCGGGUUGACAUUAAAAAAGUUACUAAAGACCAGACGAGUGAUCCCUGUGUUAUCGUUGAUGAUGAAGAUACAGAUACUGAAACUCUCAGCCAUUCAAAUUCAUCUGCUUCUAAAAGCCAAGGAUACGACUCUUUAGCCUCUCCCAGAAGUGCCUCUCACUACUCAGCUUGUUCUCCGUCUGUUAUCGACUCCCCAGUUUCCUCUAGACCUGUCUUUGUCUCCUCAGAUGACAGAAGCGACGAGUCCUCAUCUGUGUCUUCUGCUGAGGAUGAUCAGUCAGAUGGUCAAAGUUCUCCUGAAACUCCUCGUGAGGACAGAAGGGUAGUAGAGACUAUAUGGAUUUCUUCAGAUGAGGAUGAUGAUGAAAACCAAGAGACUCUUCACACUCCUGUUUUCUUACCUUCACCGCACUCGGAAGAAGAUCUCCAACCCCCUGUGACCCCAUCAGCUCCAGAUUCAAUCGAAAGUGAUGUAGACAAUGACUUUUUUGAUUUGGAUCCAGCUCAAAUGGAAGACCCAGAGGAAGAACUGAGUGUACGAGUGUAUAUGCAGGGACUAAAACUGCCUGAGCCUCUCAGAUACACCUUACAGGACCCUGUGAAACACUGUUUGACAAACAAACUGAAGCUUCCAGACCCUGUGAUAUUCUUCUCAGAUCAGGAAUCAGAGCUGCCAAGCCCACCUUCUCCUACAUACAGAGGAUUAUCAGAUGAUUUGGAGACCCAGUACACUACAGACUCAGAGGACCAGAGAGUCAUCAUGGAAGCGCUGGAGGAUCCCGUGCACCUCAGACCCAUCACACCCACUGGAUUCUUGUCCGACAGUGACCCUGACAUAGAGAUGGGACGGAAAUUUUCUCCUCCGGCCAUCGAGGAGGUAGAUCUGCCACACACUCCUGGUAGAUGUCUGGAACUAGAGGAUGAUGAAAAUAACAUUCUACCACCAGGUCCACCGACACCACUACCACCUCCUCCAUCUCCUACAGGCAUAAAAGAACUUCCAUCCUCACCCCUUUACUACGGUAUUCCUCUCCUGUCAUCAUAUCCUGGAUAUGAGGAAAUCCCAAAAACACCAGGCAGAGUCAAUGAUCCAGGUUUUGUUUUUCACUCUGAAAGAAUAACACCACCACAAGAGCCUUCACGAACACUGGAAAGCCCCUGCAAUCCCUUUCUGUCUUCUUUUGCUGACAGCGGGAUUCCAAGGACCCCAGGGAGAGACAUGUCUCUGUCUCCACCUGUGCUAAACCACAGAGAAAGACAUGUUCAACACAGAGAGCUGUUGAAAUAUGGACAGCGUCAUCGUAACAGUGAUUUUGCACAGUCAGACGUACAAACAAACAAUUUUAGUAAAAAUAAUAGUCACACACCUCGUUCAGACACGGCACGCUUGAAAAGGCGACGAGAGCGUCUUAAAAAAAGACAACGAAUGAUUGAAUUACAACGGUCAAGACGAUGCACUGAUCUAAAUACUCAUUCAUCUUUACAAGUGAGUAGUGCGACAACAAAACCUACAAAUCAAAGUUUGGAGCCUUUGGACAGAGUCUCAAACAUCAGGACAGAAGAAUCAAACAAUAGUCAGCAGAUUGAGACUCAAAGGCUUUCAGAGUCGUCCUAUGUGAGGAGAGAUUCCUCAUUGACUCCUCAUCUUAUCUUCACUCCACGCUCUAAGAGAAGAGAGAAGUUGGUCCUUCAUGCUGUGUGGACUAAAGGAGUGAAUGAAGAGGAGAUCCGGCACCUGAAGGCCUCCUAUGAGAGGCUUGUGGUGGAGGAUAACGAAUAUGAUUGGUUGAGACGAACUCGCUGGAUCCCACAUCCUCCAACCAGCACUUCUGACGACAGGCCGAGAAGAUGGUUGGAUGGGGUCAGGAAUCAUUUGACAGGUUGUGCACGCAGUGAGGGUUAUUACUUCAUCAGCAAGAGGGAAAAGCUGCAGUAUCUCUGUAAUGAGCGCACUGUUUCAGAAGAGUUUACUGCAGAUUCUCAGGGAAAGAGUGUUUCAGCACAGGUUUCACAUUCAUCCAGAUCAGGCUCUGAACUCAGAGCAGAACAGCGCCGCCUGUUGUCCUCAUUCAGCUGUGACAGUGACCUCCUGAAAUUCAACCAGCUCAAGUUCCGCAAAAAGAGGCUCCGUUUUGGCAAGAGUCGUAUUCAUGACUGGGGGCUUUUUGCGGAGGAGCCCAUUGCUGCAGAUGAAAUGAUAAUUGAAUAUGUGGGCCAGAGUAUUCGGCAGGUAAUAGCAGACAUGCGUGAAAGGCGUUAUGAAACUGAAGGCAUUGGAAGCAGCUAUCUUUUCCGGGUGGACCACGACACCAUCAUUGAUGCAACCAAGUGUGGUAAUCUGGCAAGAUUCAUCAACCACAGUUGCAAUCCAAACUGCUAUGCCAAAGUCAUCACUGUAGAGGCUCAGAAGAAGAUUGUCAUCUACUCACGACAACCUAUCACUGUAAAUGAAGAGAUCACUUACGAUUACAAAUUUCCUAUUGAGGAUGAGAAAAUCCCCUGUCUGUGUGCUGCGGAGAACUGUAGAGGAACCCUCAACUAGACAAGAGCUCAUCUAACACAUUCAAAGUAUUAGCAGUAAACAUGAACCUGUUUUUAAGCACAACAUUUUGUUCAGGUAAAGUAUUGAAACAUUUACUUUAACCCUGAACACUACACAAAGGAAAACACAAUUUAGAACUGGUAAAACAUCAUUUAAAAUUAAAACAUAGAAUCCUUCUUUAGAUUAAUACACUACCUGACAAAAGUCGUCGAUCUCAG